CUCGUCGCGGAAUCAAUGCUGCAAACAUACUGCGGUUCACAAUAUGUGUCUUUAAUCGCUGGCUAAUACAUAUACACUGAUUAUCCCAUACCGUUAGGCUCACUACAUACUAUAGCAGCAAUCAUGUCAGGGACACAAGCAACACCAUCAGCACCCAUCGAGUCGAAGAAGGUGUGGACCACGUUGAUCACCAAUACGGCCUACCUGACAGGUCUCCUCACCCUUGAUUAUAGCCUGAAGAAGCACGGCAGCAAAUACCCCCUCGUCGCGCUCUACACUGACACCUUCCCCGCCGAAGGCCAUGCUGCCCUCGAUGCGCGCGGCAUCCCCAAAGAACACGUCAAGUACCUGCUACCCAAGGUCUCUAAGGACUACACCAAUGACCCUCGCUUCUAUGACUGCUGGAGCAAGCUGACGCCCUUCUCCCUCGAACACUAUGACCGCGUCGUGCAGCUGGACAGCGACAUGCUGGUUCUUCACAACAUGGACGAGCUGAUGGAGAUGGAACUCGAUCCACCGAGCGCUGCUGGCAAGGGCAACAAGGUGUUCGCCGCAAGUCAUGCCUGCGUAUGCAACCCUUUGAAGAAACCACACUACCCCAAGGACUGGAUCCCAGAGAACUGCGCCUUCACAUCCCAGCACUCCGACCCUGCAACCGCACAACACACUGGUGCAGGGCCCACCGCUGGUCUCGGCAUGCCCAACGGCGGUUUGCAAGUCGUAAACCCUAGCAAAGCAGUCUACAACCUGAUCCUCGACCAGCUGGCCAACGAGUCAUCCAUGAACUACGAAUUCGCCGAUCAGUCACUGCUGAGCGAUGUAUUCUGGGGGCGAUGGGUUGCGCUGCCGUAUAUUUACAAUGCGCUGAAGACGAUGAGGACCGAGGGUGUGCACCACCAGAUAUGGCAGGAUGAUAAGGUCAAGAAUAUCCACUACAUCUUGAGCCCCAAGCCAUGGGACGAGGCGCCUGGCAAGUGCAACAAUGAGAACCACGAGUGGUGGUGGGUAGUCAACAGUGAGAGGCUAGAGGCCGAGAAGAAGUCAGGGAUAGAAGAUGGAUUUUGAAGUGCAUACUAGUAGAUAUGGCGGCGUUGGUGAGGCAGAAAAAUCUAAACAUAGAGUGUAUAGUUAUAUCUGAUUGACGGCGUAACAAAACUGGGAGUGUCUCUUAUCUCACGAGAAGUUGUGCUGAUGAAGACAAGGGCUACAUCAUGGAACCUUAUCGCAUCGGACAGG